AUGAUAUUACUGACCCAAACCGGUGCUUUGAACAUUGUCUCAUCAUAUGCAAGAUUUAGCAUGAUGGUUACAGAAGAUGAGAUCGAGUCCAUAUGCAACAGAAAAGAUGUCGAUUCUACACUCUAUUUUGAGGUUCUAAAACCAAAUCCAAAGUUGGAUUUUAUUGGCCUUGCCAUCUUUCUGAUCAACUAUACGUCUCGAAACGUUUCUGAUACGUUGAAGCAAUUAAAGUUGUAUGAAUCCAACACGACGGAUUGGCAGACGAUCAAAUUAUGCAAAGAGAUGUAUGAAAGCUCUCUUUAUCGUGAUGACUUUGCUCUAAAAGCUUUGGCAGCCAAGGAUUAUGACACCGUAAACAUUAAUGCCGGAGUUGCCUCGGACAAUAUGAUUACAUGCAAUGAGGAAUUGUCAACAUUGAAGCCAGUACCACAAUCCUUGAUCACAAAGAAUACUGUCAUAGAAAAUCUGUCUAACAUUGUUUUAACGAUUCUUGAAUGCUUCAUAAGAAAAGAAAGUAGAUUAUGCAGUCAUUAG